GAUCUACUCGGAACAAUAAAAUAUGUGGUGAUAAAAAUCAGAUUAUUAUCAACGAACUAAGCUAUUUUAAAACUUGAGACUAAUUUUCAUAAUAGCCCCCCUAGAGUGUGAGAGAGGGGGUCCAGAUUAACUCAAGUGACACGAUACAGCACCAGCAGUAACUUAAAAUCUCUUCUUGUGGAAUUAUCAUUUUUUAUCUUAUCAAAGCCCGUUCACGGAUAAGUAUCGCUAUGUUGUAAAGUACCUAAACAGCAUAUUAUUGUUAAUUGUUUUAUCGGUGCAACAGAGUGGAUCUCAAAAAAUGACCGACUUAUCGUGGCUUGAAGACUAUGGACAGGAUGACUAUAAAGGCUACAACAUGUCCUUGCUGGGCAUGGACCAAGCUUACCUUUCAAUAAAUCUUGAAGACCCAACAACAGUAUACAGGAUUUUUCGAAAACAUGUCGAUUGUGUUAAAUGUCCGUUUGUUAAACUGGAACACUUGGAACCGGACGACGCUAUUCUGUUAGACAACACCAGAUUAAUUUUGAAACAAACCCCAAAUAACUUGUACCGGAUAAGCACGACAAAUAGUGAAAUAUUGUACUCUUGGGAUAAAUAUGUUUGUGAGUUCGGUGACGAAUUUGGAGAGUUUGGAAUAUACGAAGUCAACGUAACUAAAGCGAAUCAAUGCACCGUGAACACUAUAAAAAACGCAGUGAGCAUAAGUUUUCCCGCCCUGACAGUUUUUGUAAUUUAUUGUGCCCUAUUUCUGGGGGUCUUUGGUCUUGUAUAUGCAUGGAAACACUUUGUGGCCAAAAGUGAAACCAAGGAGAAGAAGCCCGAAGGGAAAAAACGGCUCAAGUCGCUUGAUACUUUCCGGGGGAUCAGUAUCGUGAUUAUGAUAUUUGUGAAUUACGGAUCAGGUGGAUACCCGGUUUUAGACCACGCGACCUGGAACGGUUUACACCUUGCCGAUUUGGUUUUCCCGUGGUUUAUGUGGAUUAUGGGCGCGUGUAUGCCCAUUUCGCUGACUUCAAGUUUUAAAAAGCAAAUUUCCAAUAAAGACAUUUUCUUGAAUGUCUUGAAGAGAUCGAUAAAAUUAUUUUGUUUGGGCGUAUUUUUGAACGCUGGACCGUAUCUAGAAUGCAUGAGGAUAUUUGGAGUGCUGCAGAGGUUUGGAAUAUGCUAUCUUGUGGUGACCACGAUUUGUUUAUUCCUCAUGAAACGAGAGUUUUCGGAGUCAAAACAUAAAAUCGGUAAAUUCUUCACCGAUAUUCUGGUUUUAUGGAAAGGCUGGAUCGUUGUGUUGAUCAUAUUUUUCGUGCAUUGCAUGUUUUUGUUUCUUUUGGCGGACGAAGGCUGUCCUCGGGGCUAUUUAGGACCGGGUGGAUUACACGAAAAUGGUAAACAUUUUAACUGCACAGGGGGAGCUACUGGGUAUAUCGACGCCGUUAUUUUGGGCAAUCACAGGUACCAGAAACCCACAAGCAAAGAAAUUUAUUUAGGAACACAGGCGUUUGACCCCGAAGGAAUUUUGGGGUGUUUGACUUCAAUCGUGCACGUGUUUAUCGGAGUUCAAGCCGGAAUCACUCUCCUGGUUUACAAGGAACACUCGGCUCGUCUAAUUCGUUGGCUCUCUUGGAGCGUGUUGGCUGGAAUUGUCGGGGGCGCUCUUUGCGGUUUCAGCAAGGAAGAUGGGCUAAUCCCCGUAAAUAAAAAUCUUUGGUCAAUAUCCUUCGUCUUGGUGACGAGUUGUUUCGCCUUCCUCCUGCUCUCAAUUUGUUACGUUUUAAUCGACGUCAAAAACUGGUGGAGCGGUAAACCUUUCCUCUUCGCGGGAAUGAACGCUAUUUUGCUUUAUGUUGGCCACCAAAUGACGUACGGACACAUUCCCGUACGAUGGUUGGUGUAUUGUGAAAAAGAACACGGGACCCAUUUCAUCGCCCACUUUGAAAACCUAUGGGGCGCUGGGUUCUGGGUAGUGGUGGCGUACCACUGGUACAGAAUAAAUUAUUUCUUCACAAUCUGAUUUUUGUAAAAUUGGAAAUAAAAACAAGAAAUUCGUUAAA